CAUUCUCGUUCUUCAUCACCAGGAAAAUGUGCAAAUCGAUUGCUUUCGACAUCUGGCUUGCCACUGCUAACAAGACAGAUGAAGCAUUUAAAGAUCCACUUUCAAUUCCUCAUAAUGGAGCUUUUACAGACUUUGAAGGAGCUUUUGUAAAGGGUGUUGAUUCUCUUUCAUGGAUGGCCAACAACACCAGCAAACUUUUUCCUUUACACAGUGACAUGCCUCAGUGUUGGACUUUUUUAAUGUUAUAGGUGUUUUCUAAUGGAAAUUUUCAUGUUCACAGCAGAAAAAGUAAAGGAGGACUUGCUUAACGAUGUAGAAUUUGCUCUUGGACUGUCUAAGGGAUCACUUCAGUGUCCAUUUUAUACACGAGUCCAAUUAUGGGGUGCUGCUCUUCCAACCAACACUCCAGGGAUUCCUUGUAUCUUCGAUCCACAUGGGCGGGCAGGAAUUUGUGGUGACUGGCUACUUGGGUCUAGUGUGGAAGUUGCAGCUAUUAGUGGAUUGUCUCUUGCAAAUCAUAUUGCAGAUUAUUUCCAAGGUGGUGGAGCUCAGCCUGAUGACUUUGCGGUUGGGUUGCAUAAUGAGUUUCAUGCAGUUGCUGGUCAUGAUAUUGGUCAGUUUCCUGGUUUGAAUUCUGAAAAGCAAGUGCUUGAACCUCAGACAUGGACGGUCUGAUCAAAGAGAUACGUUAAGGUCUUCCUCGUCAGUGAAGUCCAUAGCCUCUCAGACCAUCCAAAUUCCAUUUUGAUCUAUGGAUGUAACGAAAGGUCAAAAAGCAGAUCAAACUAUGUCGCCCUGGUGAUUUUCACAUUAAGAAAUGACAGUAAAAUACAUUUUCUGUGAUA